GAUAAUUUAGAUAAUGUAUAAAAUGGAAGCAGUGAUCAAGUGUUUUAAGGCUAGUUGUGAUAGCAAAGCUCUGUAUUUUGAAGAGGAGGAUGAUGUUUAUGUGUGAGAAACACAUUUGAGUAAAGGAGAUGAAAAUGCAACCCGUAUAGUAUUCAGAGAAGAUGUUGAUGAGAAUGUGAGAAUACUUGAUCAGUCUCUGAAUGUAUUCUCUAUUUUCACGAGAGAGGCAGCAAACAAAGAUUUUUAUGAAGAAGCCAAUGCUUUUUACAAUAAUCUUAUCGAAGAAACAAAGGAAAUUAAAUCUAAUUUUCCAGAACACUGAGCUUAUGGAAUUCAAAAAGAACUACAGGGUAUUCAGACAAGAGUAGACGAGAUAAAAGAGAUUAUGGAGAUCAAUCCAAUCUUCAUUCAGUUCUUGAACAGAUGGUUCUGGGACUGUAUGAAAUAAAUAUCAAUUCUGAGCUCCUCCUGCAAAUCAAUCUAGUCCUCGAGGUCAAAAAUUUGUUUGACUCAAAAAAGAAGAGCGAAAACUAGAGAAUAAUGAACCUCCCUUGCUACCUUUAGAUCCAACCCCUUCAGGUGGGGCUCUUACCAGUUUCAAUAGAAACAAGCUUGGUGAAAAUAAGAAAAAGAAAUCCUCUCAUAAAAGGUCACCACCAAAUUCCACUUCAGCACCUUCAAAAGGAAAAUACAUUGCCCGAUAUGAGAAGAAGAGUAAGAAAAGGAGCCAUAAGAGAGAGCAUAGAGAAACCUCAAUUUUAAACUUUGGAGCGACAUACACUGGAGAAUGGAUAGGGAGUCAAAGAGAUGGCUAUGGAGUCCAAGUUUGGAGGAAUGGUGCUAAGUACGAAGGAACCUGGCUAGAUGACAAAGCUUAUGGAUUUGGUACUCUAUAUCAUGAUGAUGGUGAUGUGUAUGAGGGUGAGUGGAAAGAUGAUAAAGCUUGGGGAGAAGGGAAAUAUACUCAUUCUAAUGGAGCUACUUAUGAGGGCAAAUGGAAAGAUGAUAAGCAACACGGACAUGGAGAGGAAAAUUGGCCUGACGGUGCUAGAUAUAAAGGAAAGUAUUGAGGUGGAAAAAAGGAAGGCAAAGGAAAGCUCUUCUUUGCUGAUGGUUCUAUUUUCAAAGGAGAGUUUGCGAAUAAUGAAAUUAAUGGCGAGGGAAAGUACGAGUGGGUUGAUGGAAAAUGCUACAAAGGUUCUUGGGUAGAUAACAAGAUGAAUGGCAAAGGAAAACUUACAUGGAGAGAUGGCAAAUGUUAUGAAGGAGAGUUUAAAGAGGAUAAGAGACAUGGCAAAGGCAAAUUUACCUGGGCUGACGGUAGGGUUUUUGAUGGGGAGUGGCUGAAUGGGAAGCAACAUGGCAAAGGUAUUUUUAUUAUGAAUGGAACAACAAGAGAAGGUGAGUGGGUAGAUGGCUGUCGUGUAAGAUGGCUGUAAACUAUUGAUGCAAUAUUUCUAUAA